CGCGUAGAAUUUAUUAAAAUUUUAGUAACACGUUACUUUAAAAGAAUUCAAAAUUGCAGUUUGCUUAGUUUUCGUUGUUCUUGUCGGUCGAACAUUCCGACCUGUGAAGUCGUAAUCGUGGAUCAACAGCGCGGUGCCGUCAAUCUGGAGGCCACGUGCCCGAAACGAAAAAAGACGGAGUUCCGAAAUGACGUGGAAAAAGAUACGAAGGAUCUCAUAAACAGGACGAUGUAUCCAACGGCACAAAUAAAAAUGAGGCUUAUGUCGCCAAGUAGUUCACCAGCAACGUCACCAACCAUGUCAAAUUCAUCCUCGCCGACACCUCCAGCCACAGUUAACUAUAAUAAAAUGACUGGAAUUCCGUGUGUAGCGGCAGCAUCAAGGUAUACAGCUCCUGUACACAUAGACGUUGGGGGUACCAUAUACACAUCAUCGCUAGAAACCCUCACGAAGUAUUCAGAUUCAAGACUGGCCAAAUUGUUUAACGGGACCAUACCCAUAGUUUUAGAUUCGUUAAAACAACAUUAUUUCAUCGAUAGAGAUGGAGGAAUGUUUCGACACAUAUUAAAUUUUAUGCGUAACAAUCGAUUGUUGAUUCCCGAUAAUUUUGCGGAUUUAGAUUUGUUGUUGGAAGAGGCAAAAUAUUUUGAUAUAGCUCCUAUGAUUAGACAAUUGGAACAAUUAAAGAAAGAUAGAAUAAAGAAUGGUAUUUUUAUGGGGAAUGGAAAUCAAUUUUUUAAAGAAAACCCAAGUAGAUCAUCGGGAACUGUUAAUUCAAAGAACCCAGAUAGUUUUGAAUGUAUAGCGUUGCAUGUUUCGCCGGAUUUGGGUGAACGGAUAAUGUUAUCCGGCGAUCGAGUGCUUUUGGAAGAAGUUUUUCCGGAAACGAAUCAAGCGUUGAUGGAUACGAGAUCGGGAGUUGCAUGGAACCAACAGGAUGGGCAUCAUGUCAUAAGAUUUCCAUUGAACGGUUACUGUAAAUUGAAUUCAGUUCAAGCGAUAACGCGUUUAUUAAAUGCGGGAUUUAGUAUAGUAGCCAGUAAUGGUGGAGGUGUCGAAGGGCAACAGUUUUCCGAAUAUCUAUUCGCAAGAAAAGUACCGCCCGGUUGACAUUUACGGAUGAUAUUAUUCGACAAUCAUUUUGUACAUUUGUACAGCGGCGAAUUUACUAAAGUGUUUACUAAGGAGGUGUUCUCUUCAUGAAAGAAUUCCUUUUCUUGGGAAGAACUCUUUGUUUAAAUAAUAAUAGUUGAAACGGUUUGUGUAAAUAUAUGUUAAACAUUGAUUCAAAAUAACUAUCGGCAAACUAAUAGGUAUCGUAUAAUCACGAGUCGCUACUCUAAUAACUAAAAUGAUGUAAUAAUUUACUGAUCUCAUCAAAUAUUUUAAACGGCUGUGAUCCGUUUGAUUUUGAUAAAACACUAUUGGCGACCGUGAUUUGGAUAUUGUAUAUUAGUGGGAAUUGACCAGUAAUUUUGUUGUACGUCAUGCUAUUUAAAAUAAAUAUUAUAAUUAUA